UUUUAACAUGGAUAUCUUUUCCCUCCCGUUAGCUUUUUUGAAGCCUGCUUGGAGGUUAUGGCUGAAAAGUUGGACCCCAAUUCCCUGGCUGAUGGUUCAGAGCCACUUUUUUCCUUUGGAAUUAUAGCAGAUAUUCAAUAUGCUGAUUUAGAAGAUGGAUUCAACUAUCAAAGAAGCAGGCGGAGGUACUACCGACACAGUCUUGUUCACUUACAGGGUGCCAUUGAAGACUGGAAUAAAGAGAACAGCCUGCCCUGCUGUGUCCUACAGCUCGGAGACAUCAUCGAUGGCUACAAUGCACAGUACAAAGUAUCAGAAAAGUCUCUAGAACUUGUCAUGAACACAUUCCAAAUGCUUAAAGUCCCCGUUCACCACACAUGGGGAAACCAUGAGUUCUAUAACUUCAGUAGAGACUUCUUAGUCAACUCUAAACUUAACAGCAAGUUUCUAGAAGACCGAAUUGUACAGCAUCCUGAGACCACGCCAUCAGAGAACUAUUAUGCUUAUCACUUUGUACCCUUUCCUAAAUUCCGGUUUGUUUUACUUGAUGCUUAUGACCUGAGUGUCUUGGGCAUAGAUCAGUCUUCUCCAAAAUAUGAGCAGUGUAUGAAGAUGCUGAGGGAGCACAACCCAAAUGUGGAGUUAAAUAGUCCCCAAGGACUUUCUGAGCCCCAGUAUGUCCAGUUUAAUGGAGGAUUCAGCCAAGAACAGCUGAACUGGUUGAAUGAAGUUCUUACAUUCUCUGACCUGAACCAGGAAAAGGUGGUGAUUGUGAGCCAUCUUCCCAUUUACCCAGAAGCCUCUGACAGUGUGUGCCUGGCUUGGAACUACAAGGAUGCGCUGUCAGUCAUAUGGUCUCAUAAUUGUGUGGUGUGUUUCCUUGCCGGUCACACACAUGACGGUGGCUACUCUGAGGAUCAUUUUGGUGUGCACCAUGUCAACCUUGAAGGAGUUAUUGAAACAGCUCCUGAUAGCCAGGCGUUUGGCACAGUUCAUGUCUACCCUGACAAAAUGCUACUGAAAGGGAGAGGCAGGGUUCCAGACAGAAUUAUGAAUUACAAGAGGGAAGAAGUUUUGUGUUUUUAAGUCUCAUUGUCUUGUCUGUUGUAGAAUGACAUUAUUUUGUGUCUUACUCUAUUGCAAACAAAGUUAAAUUCUCACUGGGUGUGGUGGCACACCACACCUUUAAUUCCAGCAUUUAAGAGGCAGAGGCAGGCAAAUCUCUCAGUUCAAGGCCAGCCUGGUCUACAGAGUAAGUUCCAGGACAGCCAGAGCUAGCUAUUACACAGAGAAGCUCUGUCUAAAAAAAAAAGGAAAAAAAGUUAAAUUUUCAGUCCCAUUGUUAAGUAUUUUGUUUGUACAAAGUGCAUUUGUGAGCCGGGCGUUGGUGGCGCACGCCUUUAAUCCCAGCACUCGGGAGGCAGAGGCAGGCGGAUCUCUGUGAGUUCGAGGCCAGCCUGGUCUCCAGAGUGAGUGCCAGGAUAGGCUCCAAA